CUCCGCAGGGCCUCAUAUUGUUUCAGUUAACGAAGUGCAACCAGACAGGUACGUUAAGCUCCUUUCCCAUCAGUGUAGGUCGUACCAAAGUCACAAGCUGUCGUCUCCACAGUCCAUACCGUCAAUAUGAACACCGCACUGUUCGUGUGCCUGGCCAGUGUCCUCCUGUCUGUAGUCAGGUGUGAGAAAUCUGUUAUAGAAGCUCCAAUGGACUCUGGAGCUGCCUCAACUCAGUGUGGGGAAGUGGAGCUCGGAUUUGCCCAGGAGGCACAUCUGUCGUCCAGUGGGAAGGCGCCUAAAGGCUUCUACAGCCUGUUAAUAUCGGCCGUAGGUGAUGCACCGUCUGAUUGCAAAUUUCGCCAUCUUUGUGUCGAUGUGGUCGAUAGUCGCAUGGAGUUCUGUUAUGCUAAAGUUCACAUUUCUGGCAAGCGUUUCGAGAAGGAAGACACAAGAGCGGAAAUGGGAUGCGGUAAGACGAUUCCGGAAGAGUGGUGUACAAACUCCCAGUUCCUAGAAGUAUCCGUGAUUGAGAAAGCAAGUUACACUGGCACUUCCGGCUACGGCUUCAAUAUUACCGUCUCCUCAAAGUGUAAGGACAGUGACGUAGACAAAGAGGAACUCGUAGAUGAUUUUGUUCCGAUCGACCUCGAGGAAGCUGUCAAUCAGGCACGAAUCAUCGGCGUCAUCGUAGCUGUCUGUCUGGCGUGUAUUUUCCUCGUUACUCUCACACUCACCUACUUCUGGUACAGAAACAAAAAGGACACCGGCUUCAGACAGGCGUCGUAACCAGGGGCAACAGUAACCAAUGACAACAGUGCCCAUAGUUAUCACUACAAUCAUCCUUACACAUUUCCGGUCAAUAAACAAGAUAACACGUACUUUUAAGUGAGCAGAAAGCUCUCCAAUAACCAGAGUGGCAUCGACCAUGAUUUACCAAAGAUUUAAGAGAAAAAUAUCGUAACAAUGGCAACUGGAAAAGUCAUCGCCAAGUGACGAUUGAACUCAAAUCACAGCCGUAGAUACGGCAUUAGCUACCAUGGAACCGUAUCCAUAUCGGCAUAUCACACUGGAACAAUGUGUAUUUUUUGUCGCCAUGAACAAAGCAAUUACGUAUUAGAAAUUAUGAAACCGAGUUGUAGUCAUGUUUUCCAUCAAACCGUUAUAAGGGAGACCACUCCCGAGUUAAUACAGAAGGGACAUAACUCUGUUGAACUUGGUCUUAUUAUGUGAUGAGUAUCGCAUUGCCAGAUGAAUGAAUGUGCGCAAGCUAGGUCCCGAGGGUUGGGAGAAAAGGUUCGUGUGGUGGAAACUGCCCGUGGGGUAACCGCUGAUUAAAUUGUGGUGUAGAGCAAGCGUAAUCAAUAGAUCAACACUGGGCUCGGCACAGGACCUCAUCGCCUGAAGUAUGAGGCAUGACUCAGAUCGUGUAAAUGUGUAUAUUACGUCGAUCUGAUUAAAAUCAUAUGUUACAUGGCUUCGUUAACUUCGUACUACGCCUGAACCAUGUAACAGAUGAUUUUAAUCAGAUUAUGUAUUAUGUGUACGUAUUUUUUGUUUCAGACAUUCCUGAUCUUGAAACGAAUAAUUUGAAAAUAAUCGCGUUAUAUUGCAGAACCAAAAUAUGAUACAAUUGUUUUAUAUAUUAUAAUACAUAUAUGUGGUGCAAAGUUGAAAUUUACUAUGUUCGCGUAUUACCUCAUUGUUACUAUACAUGUAUGGCCUAGAAAAUGAAAACAGCACCAUGUUUGUAAGUGAUAGGAAAUACCAAAGUGAUGAACGUUAUUUUACUUUGGGUAAUUGAGUGUCAGAAUCGGGCAUUUUUUGUUUAAUCACAGGCACUUGAGAAUAGGUAACCGAAAAUGGUUAUACAUAAUUAACAAAAAUUAUACGAUGAUUUAAACUUUUUUCGUAUCUAUAUUUUCUAUAAUUUAAAUCCAAAUGCCUGCAGUUAUAUUGCAUAUUUAAAUUACAUGACCGGCUUGUCCGAUUAUGCAAAUGAGUAAGUGGAACACGUGGGGCCACAGAUAGACAUCAGGGUUGCACGUGUGGAUCUGCACGUGUAGGAGUCACGUACGUGUGAUACACUCGUGCCUACAAGGAAUAGCGAACAUGUUAAUUUACAAGAAAUUCAGUCACGAAUCUUCAAAAUGUAAUACUAAUGUGACAUAUAUUAAGUAGGAUACGUCUGUUACUAUUGUAUGUGGCGUGUCGAUCGGGUGAUAAAGAGGCUUAUAGUUACAAUUAAGGUUACAAUUAAGGUGUACGAGUAAAACAAAUCAGGCCGUUAAAUAUUAAAAGGUUUAAUUUCGAUGUGAAAUUAGGAAUAUAUUAAAGUAGUAAGAGCUUAUAGAGUAAGGCUGUAAGAGUAGAAAUGGUCUACUCUGGUGUAGGCAUCGUGUAUAGGAUCGGGCUUUACCAGUAGAAAUAGUUCAAUCUCUGCUUUAAAAUUAGAAAUAGUUUACGGCAGAAGUAUAUUUAUUUAGGGUUGUAAAUAUAGCAAUGGGUCGAACUAUAUAGAUUUCAAUCGUACAGGUAGAAAUAUAUUAGAGUAUGGUUUGUUUGUUUUGUAGAUUCUCGAUGACACAAUCCUUUUUAAUGAGUCCUGCAAAUAAAAAAAAUAUACAUCACAAA